CUAAACCUUUCGCCAGGUUCGCUUGCUCGCUCGUCGCUUGCCAGUGCCGUUGUCAUUCUUUGGUGUUGUUGAGAGAGUGAAAGUGCGCGCGAACAAAGUGUUUUGUCAACAACAAGUGUUUAUUUUGUCUGCUGUUGUAGUUGUUGCUGCUGCCUUUAUAUCAUUUUAAUUCUUUGACUUUUACGCUUUUACUAUGUUGCGGAUUUAACAGUGGUCUGAUCCAAGCUUUUGCAGUGAAAUUCCAAAGGAUAUCCAUAGAACUAAUCCGAAGAAAAUCCAUUUCAUCUGAAUGGAUCCAUAAAAUGUCAAUAAUGUUAAAACUUUGCAAUUUUGGAACCAUCUAUUUGUGGAUAUUUGUAUUGCGAGUUAUACAAGUGUGUGCAGAUCCAAGAAUGGACGAUGGUGGUGGAGGUGUUGAAGGUGGUGGUGGUGGCGGGGACGGGGACGGAGAAGAUGUCGAUGCUGACAAAAGGUUGAAUUCUUUGAUAAAACCAUAUCCCUAUCAAAUGUUUCAUUACAUGGAUGACUUGUUGCGACGCUACCACCAGGAGAAUGGUUUGCGGCCAAUACCGGCAAAAGUUGAACAACAUCCGGCCCAUCAACCGUUGGGCGCCAUUGAAAACCUGCCAUGGAAAAGCGGAAGUGAAUUUGAAAUUGAUUUGAAAAAUCUAAACGAUUUUGAUAUUUAUAAAAUGGCAAAUGCAAUUUGGCCAAUAAGAAAGUUCAGGCAAGAGGACAGAGAAUGGCAACAAAAGGUACCAUCAAAGCAACAACAACAGCCACUACGUCAUCGAUUUCCAUUAUCAGCGUUACUAUCAGCACCUACAAAUAUCCUUUAUACUGCAUCUAACGAUGGCGAUGAUAAAGGAAACCACCGUAACCAACAAAAUAGCAAUAACAACAAAGCCAUAAAGACGUCAUGGCUAAAAGCUCUCGGAAGUAAUGGUGACGAUGAUGACGACAACGACGAUGACUAUACGAAUGAUCCGCUUAAGAGAAUUAAUGAUAUCGCUGCAAAAGGAUAUGGAAAAGUGUCGAUGCAGGUGUUUCCCCCAUUGACCGUUGAUAAAACCAGCAACAUGAAACGGACAAAUGCAAUGAAUUCUAAUCCGGAUCCGGAAAACGGAAAUGAAAAUUUCAAUUAUUCCAAUAAUGAUGAUACAGUGUCAGAUAAUUACCCAGCAGAUGCUAAUUUGAAUGCAGAUAAAAAUGGCAAUGUGAAACCCAGCGUCGAUGCAUCGUCUGCUCCGCGAAAAAGGGGUGGACGUACACGAGAUAAGAAACCUAAGCAGAAUCUGACGACACCGUUUUUGCCGGCCAUUAGUGGAGGUUCCAUGGUUAAUUUGGGUAAAUUUUUUCGUGAUCUCUCCAAAAAUGUGCAAUUCAGCGAGAAAUAUCAAUGGUCGUCGGAAGAACAAAAACUCUUAGAGGGUGAUCCCACAUUUGGUGAUUUACAUCAUCAUCUGCACGACCCGGAGGGCAAUACGGAUCAAGCUGCCGAAUGGAUAAAGGCGAUACGUUUCUACAGACCAUCGCAGAAGAUACGUUCUCUCGUCGAAAUGAACCCUCAUGGCCAGUGGGCACAUGGUUCGAAUUUCAUUGAUCCCAACUACAUGUGGAUCGGUUUGGGUAAAUAGCAACCGUUCCACAUGAUGAUGUUUUAUAUAAUUUGGUGGUGGUUAGGCGGCUCCCCUUCACCAUACCUCAUCCUCCUCCUACUCAACUUUGUGACGUUUUGAUAUCUAUCUCAACAACAACAACAAUUCAAAACGUCAAAAAUAAAUACAAACUGUUGACAACGAAUGCCUUGAUGUCAGUCCUCUCAUUAAUGUAACUGUUGUUAAGAAAAAAAAAAAAAAAAAAAACAAAGUAGAACCCUCCUCUUCCUCCGGAAACGACGAACACAAUACAAACAAAAACAAACAUUAUUGGCAGUUCUUACUUCCAUUUUGUGUAAUAUUUUAAUUAAAUAUUUUAAGAAUACAACAACAAAAGGAAUAAAGUGUGCUGUUUUAUUUAUUUUAGCAAUGAAUGCAUGUCGCGAAAAAUCUUUGAACUAAGUUAUUUAAGAACAAUCCAUUACAACAACAAAACAAAUGUAUGUGAAACAAAUUAACUAAUAAAUUACGUGUAUAGUGAGAAAAUAAAAAAA